AAUGGCAUCAUCAAUGAUUCUGGGACUACCAAUGAAGCUUUUGAAUCUGAUGAAGAUCUUGAUGAUCCUGAAGAUCUUAAAAUUCCAACCAAAGAAGUAGAGAUCCAAGUGGACUGGAAUUCAGAACUCCCAGUCAAAGUGAAUGUCCCCAGAGUGCCUAUCCAUAGUUUAAUUUUUGACUUUGGAGGUGUAUCAUUCUUGGAUGUUGUAGCCGUGAGGACAAUGAGAAUGAUAGUUAAAGAGUUCGAGAGAAUUGAUGUGACUGUAUACAUCGCAUCACAUCAAGACAACAUUAUAACAAAGCUGGAACAAUGUGGCUUCUUUGAUGAUAACAUCAGAAAAGACAUGUUCUUCCUGACUGUCCAUGAUGCUGUGCUUUACAUACAGCAUGAAAUGAUGCACAGAGACAUCCAGGAUCCUAUUUUUGAAAAGAUUUCACUGAUGCAGGAAUCUAAGGAACCAAUAGAUUUCUCAGAAACAGGCAAGCUUGAUGAUGAACUUGAUGUUCAGGAGGAGGUAUGGAGCUAUCCUUUUAAUUAA